ACAUUGAAUAAAGGUUGAGUGGACAACUCCUUCGUUAUUUUCCUUUUCCUUGACUCCGCCUCCUUGCUUUCCCUUCAUUCCCUUUUGCGCUUGUGCUUUUAAACCCAAAGCGGCCGCCGUAGGCGAGGGUGGCAAGAUGGCUUCGUUUGCUUUUGCUCGUGCAGUGAGAGCUGCUUCAGGAAUUCUACGGCCCCUGAAUAUUUUGGCAUCUUCAACCUAUCGCAACUGUGUCAAGAAUGCCUCUCUUAUUUCUGCAUUGUCCACUGGACGCUUUAGUCAUAUUCAGACACCAGUUGUUUCCUCCACUCCCAGACUUACCACAUCUGAGAGGAACCUGACAUAUGGGCAUACUUCAGAGAUCCUUAAUAGAUUGGCCCCCGUGCUUCCAAGUGUCCUGAAGCUACCAGUCAGAUCUCUAACAUACUUCAGUACAAGAAAAGGCAAGAGAAAGACUGUGAAAGCUGUCAUCUAUAGGUUUCUUCGACUUCAUUGUGGCCUAUGGGUGAGGAGAAAGGCUGGCUAUAAGAAAAAAUUAUGGAAAAAGACACCUGCAAGAAAAAAGCGAUUGAGGGAAUUUGUGUUCUGCAAUAAAACCCAGAGUAAACUCUUAGAUAAGAUGACGACGUCCUUCUGGAAGAGGCGAAACUGGUAUGUCGAUGAUCCUUAUCAGAAGUAUCAUGAUCGAACAAACCUGAAAGUAUAGAUUAGAAGUUUCACUUGUUUCUCAGUUAUUGGAUAUGUAUCUUUGUGUACAUGAUAUCUUUGCAAAAAUGGAUAAGUACAAAACUUGAUGUAAAUUGUACCAAUGAAUAUGUAAACAUACAGUGACAACAUUAAACUUAUAAAAGUGUAAAACUUAAUGGAUCAGACUUUGCCAGAUUUGGUUAGAGAAACAGAAAUUUAGAAUGGUGCAUUAUUUUUAACAAAUGGUAUUGGCUUAACUAGUUGUUUCAGUUAGGCUCCUUUAGUUGCAAGGAAUCUCAAGUGGGACAAACAUAAGAAGACUCAAAAGCCACAAGUUAGCUCAAACAGUAUGACAUUAUUUUAAGGAUAUGUGCCUGGGAAUUCAGGAACCACCUUACCAACUCCAUCUCCCACCCAGAAAUCACCCCCCAGCCUCAGGAAGAGCAGAAAUUGGGUGGUGCUCCUCAGCAGGGGCAGGUGGAUGUUUAGGCUUAGGCUCUGCCAUGCAUGUGACUUGCUUCUUUUUACAUUGUUAACUCCAUUCUCUUUGUGUUCACCAACUUCUCUACACAGCUUUUGCAUACUUACAGUUUGUAUUCCUUUGGAAUAACUUUAACUUGCACCUUUGAGGUUCUUUUCUACAUCGUGACCUUCAGCUCCUGUCUCUAGUGUCCAGUUGCCAAGGAAAUUUAACUGGGCCAGACUACCUUUUUAUACUAGGUCUGGUUGGGUCAUUGUCUAGAGCAGGGAUUGGCUGUUCUUAAGUCGGAAGCCCACCCUAGCCCGCUUUGUAUUAGCAAGUUUGCAUACAGCAAAAAAAGAGUUAUGUGAGCAAUUUCACUUGGAGGUUCACAUGGGGUGGCAGCACACUUAACGUCUAACACACCAGGUUCAUUGUGUUCAUAACACUUCUCAUUUAUUUUAACAACACUUUUUCAUAGAGAGGAGAGGAGCCCUUCAGCAUGCUCAUUCAUGAAACAGAAGAGGCUGUACAAGUGAAGACAAGGGCCUUUUUUAUGCAAGUUUUGAAAGAUAGGUAUUUUUUUUUUUUUUGGAGACAGGAGUUUUGCUCUGUUGCCCCGGCUGGAGUGCAGUGGUGCAAUCAUAGCUCACUGAAGCCUCGCACUCCUGGGCUCAGGUGGUCCUCCUGCCUCAGCUUCUCAGGUAAGGAUAUGUAUUUCUUAAAAGUUAGUUUAUCCAUUUCAGAUUUCAUGUUUUCAUUUGUAAGGAUAAACUUUUCCCACAAAUUUUCAACAAUCAUUGUAGAAACUAAGGGGAGAAAGUAAUCUCAGUUGUUUUAGAAAUGAUGAAAGAGUUAAGCAUUGUUUACUUGAAGUGGGCAGGGAAGCAUCUCUUCAAUUGAGUGGUUACAGUCUAGGGCAGUGGUUCCCAACUCUCCCAUCAGAAUCAUGUGGGAAACAUUUUCAAACAGCAAAGUACUUUGAAAACCAUUAUUAAAUAGAAUUAUGCAUGAAUUACUGUUUCAGAAACUUUAAUGUAGUAGUUGGUGAUAAGAUGAAAUUCCUCUGUUAGUAAAAUUAUGAAAUUGAAGUUCUGCAGCAUGUCAGGCCAGGAUUAUUAGGGAGAUUCCUUGAAAGUAGUGUGUGUUUAUUAAAAGGAGAAAGGAUAACAAUAGAAUAUUCUACAACCAGAAGUCCAAGUGCGUGUCUAUUUAUGGGACCAAUAAAUAAAGAACAGACAUUUGAUUUGAGGUAAGGUAAAAGCCUGAAACAUGGAAUGGCAUUCUGUUUUGAUGGAUUUUCAUUUCUUCGCACUUCUGAGACGGCAAAGCCAACCAUUUAGAAGGCUUCCACAUCUUUGUCACCUGCCUGGCUCCUGCCCUUUGAUGUACCUCUGGGUAGUGGGAUGGAAAUGGUGUCUGCAGAAGUUGGGGAGAAGGAGACUUUUGCACAGCCUCCAUGACUUCUUUAACGCAAAUAUAGAUGACAAGGGUCUCUGUUACAGGGGCCUCAGAGCACCUUCGUUUCUCCUCUAGACCAGGGACAGGAGGAUAGAGAUAAGGACUGGCAACCAGAGCCUCAGCAUCCAAAGAUGGUCUGAAGUGGGAUGGCUGACAGGCACACAACAUAAAUUACCCAAAGUACAGCUAAUAAGACCCAGAAUUUCAGUCUCACUCCUUGGGAUCCUGUGUAUUUCCCUGAGUCUUCUAACAACAUAAGAAAAUUCAUAUAUAAAUCAACAAGUGACUGUAAUCUGGUACUAUAAAUACUAAAUAAACACUUCUUCAUAACACUGU